AUGCUGACGCAGCGAGAAAUCCUCAUGGACGAGCUGGAAUCCCAGGCCAGCAUGCGCCGGAUGAUGUCAGAGUUCGUGCCUGCGGGAGAGUGCGAGUGGCGCAAGCCAAACAUGCUCCAAUCUGUCUCAAGGCACAUCAUCUUCAAAAUCCUGGUGAUGGUUGCGAUCCUUGCUAAUUCUGUGUACUUGGGGUUUGAUGCAGACCUCCAGGUGCGCAACAGUUACCGGCGCAUCCGGAAUCAGGAAAUCGUGUCGAUUCUGCCGGUCGCAGAUAUUGUUUUUCCAGCUGUUUUCGUCGUCGAGCUUGUUAUUCGUUUGGGCGCCGAACGGUGGAAUUUCUUCGAUGGCGAGGAGAAGUGGUGGAACAUAUUUGACAUUGUCUUGGUGCUGAACUCUGGUCUGGAGACCUUUUGGCCCUUUGCCAACUUCAGCUUCCUGCGCAUCCUCCGCGUUUUCAGACUCGUGCGCCUGGUGCGGGUUGUGCGCAAUGUGAAGAGUCUGAAAUCGUUGCGGACGAUGAUCUUCGCUCUGAUAAACUCAUUCGUGUCCCUGCUAUGGGCUUUCGCGAUGAUAUGCUUGAUCAUCUUUGUCUUCAGUAUCUUAUUCUGCAAUGGAGUUGCUGCCCACAACAACUCCAUUGAAGUUGGCCAGAAUUCCACAGCAUCCGGUGACCUUGAGGCCAUCGAGGAGGCUCUCCUGGCCAUUGACUACUUCGGUGGUCUCUGGGCCACUUGCAUCAGCCUCUUCAGCGCUGUAACAGGCGGGAACGACUGGAUGAUGUACGGUGAGAUGCUGAGGAGACUACGAUCUGAUGAGUCAGACAUCACUGGAGAGCUUUACUUCAUGGUGUUCGGCUUUUAUGUUGCCUUCUGCAUGAUUGGUCUCCUGAAUGUGGUCACAGGCAUAUUUGUGGACUCCGCCGUCUCUACACGGACUGAGGAUGAGGUUGUGGAUGCGUUCACCGAUCAGAUGGCUUCACGUUGCCGGGAAGUCAGGCGCAUCUUCAAUGAGGCAGACACAGAACGCAAAGGGGCUCUUACCUAUGAGCAGCUCAAGGAUCAGCUUAGCAAUCCUUGGGUGAAGGCAUACUUUCACGGCCUGGACAUCGAUCCCAAUGAGGCUGCGAUCAUCUUCACACUCAUGGACACGGACCACAAUGGGACUGUUACAGCUGACGAGUUUAUAGAUGGCACAAUGAAGUUGAAGGGCUCAGCCAAAAGUGUGGACAUGCUUCUGCUGAUGUUCGACCAAGUGCGGUUUAGCGCCAAGUUCAACUUCCUUUGCUCAUUUAUUGAGGAUGAGCUGCGCAGUAUCAAGUCGGUGCUGACUCCAGGUGGUGUGAGCAAAAGCUCGCCAGCCAAGAUCUUCAAGGCUCCGGAUACCUUAGGCUCGAAGCUGGACUGCAGCUUGGAGUUGCUACCAGAGGAUGAUGCGCAGCGUUUUGUGGCAGAUGACCUGAACUUGCUAACUGCGGUCUGGCUGCUGAUGGCCGUGCAGGUGUCAACUGCCUCCGCAAUAAGCGAUGAGGAAACCGGCGUCAAUUUGGGAAUUGCUGUCAUGCUGCUGGGUAGCAUCGGCUUCAUGAUGGGCAUCUUUUAUUUAGUCAACCAUGAGGACAAAGAGAUGCAGAUAUGCACCUGGAAGGUAAUUUGCGCCACAAUUUCGAUCUUCGUGUCAGUGCUGAUCUACCAGGCGGUCAAUGACGCAGUCAAGGCAAUGUUUCUUGAAGGCUCCUCGACUGUCAGCGCCAUGGAGGUGGCCUUUGCGCACAGCAUCGUGUGGUUCGUGAUCUUGCAGGUCUUUCUGGCCACAGUGUCAGGAGCCGUCAUUUGGCCAUGGUCUGGAAAGCUGGAUCGGUCUGAGGCCGGCGACAACAAGCGCAAGCUUGACUUGAAAUGCUGGGCCGUCAUCCUCGGUCACAUUACCGGAUUUGCUUUCAUCAGUGCCUGGGCACAGCUUCACGAACAGUUGGAUGGCUCUCUGGCCAUUUUCCCCAUCGCGUACUGCGUCCUGCGACUUUUCUUCAAGCUGACGGAGAAGGCGCGUGAGGUCGUCAUCUAUGCCGAUGAUGGCAAAAAGGAUGUUUUGGAAGAGGAUUGGGACGAGGCCACAGAGGAGACAGAAGAUGAUGUCAUGGGCCUGACAAUGUCGUUUCUCCUGGUGCAGACAAUCCGCCUUUGGGCAACUGGUUCCCUUCCAAACGAGGAGGGAAAAAUGCCCAAGGGCUCACACACCAGCGACUUGCAGGCAGCGUUGUUCAUGAUUGUCGGCAUUUUGAUAGCCUUCGCAUCCUAUGUGCGAACGGUCUAUUUUCCCAAUUACCAUGGCCGCAACGCGGUGUGGCUUCGAUUGAUCUGCGAUUUUUCCUUUUCGUGGACAAUCAUGUUCGGUAUAGAUGCAUUCCUGACCAAUGCUGGUCUGGGUGGCACAGCGUUCGGAGUUGUCGGAGAUGUGAUCACCGCCUGCAUAGUCACAGUUUGGGCCUUUGCCGUCAUCUAUUUCCUGGACAAGGAGGCGGAUAUGACCAAGCACUCCAUGGAGGCGCUUGGUGCAAGUCCCAACAGGAGAGACCAGGAGAAGGCAAAGCUGCAGAAGAGGAAAAGAGCUGCCAUGCGCGGUACCAUUUUAGCUCUGGGUGUGUUGAUCGGAUUCGCCUGGGAAAAAAGCUUCGACACCGCAGUGGAUGACACGGCGGAGAAGGAGAGCAAAAUCAUGCCACCAUCUUUCAUCAAGGUGGUGUUGGCUAUGCUCUUGGCAACGGUGGUGCUCCCAGCCUGGCGGUGGUAUAUUCUCCCAGAGGUCGUACGAUUGGGUGGUUUCUCGGACCCGAUGGACGAGGAAGCGGAGGACGCUGUUGAGAAGGCAGAGGAGGGCUACAACCCACCUAUGCUUCCAGAGGAUUUGGACAUGCGGCUGCAGGCCGCAGGGUGCGAGCGAGCAGCAGAAGAGGAUCGAGCAGUUGGAGCUGGAGAAGGCAGUGCUUUCACACGCUUUGAGAACUUACCCGGCUGCUUUGAAGUAGCCCUCAAUCAUGAAGCCGAGGUCGACGAGCUGGAAGGCGAGCUGCCUCCCCGAGCAAUCCUGGACGUGGUUCUUGGUCAAAGCUUAACUAGUAGGUCCUCCUCAUGCUUCGCCAUUUUGAACCGGUUUAUGCUCACCUCUACCAUCAUGAGCGGUUCCCGGGUCAGCCUGGUGCCCAUGGCUGGACUCGACCUGGUUGGUGAAGACGAGGAAGAUGAGGACGUAGCCAGCGGAGCUAUGGAGGAAGCCAUAUUCGUUCAAGCUCUCGCCGUGCCUCUGAUCCGUGAGCCCGCCCCUGCGCCUUCGUCUUUCGUGAAGGCCCUUUGCUCAGAGUAUCCCUGGCUCUGCGGCAAUCCUCUCGAGUGCCGCACCUCGCAAGGCGAGGUGCCCACGCCAGAGGAGAUGAAGCAGGAGCUGAAGCAGCUGUAUUAUCAGGUGGUCAAGACGCCGGGCAAGCCCAACAUCAAUUCGUGGUGCUUCACGAGCCCUUCCUACUGGGAUCUCGUUGUGAAGGAGUGUCUCGCCAAGGGUGAUUCUAUGGCCAGCGCGAGAGCGCAGUUCCGCUACUCAGUGCUGAUGCACCCCUUAGAUGAGAUGGACGCUAGCUACUGCUUUCUGGCGGGCCACUGCCAGAAUGAGGAAGUGUCGGCUCAGACCACUGCGAAGCAGGGCAUCGAGAUUUGCAACCGGCGCUACCCUGAGCCUGGUGGUUGGCAAAGUGUAGGUUUUCGUGAUAUACCGAACACGACGCUGGAUUUCAAUCCUCGGACUGUGGACACGUAUACACACUUCAACACCACGGAGCAGGCCGUACCCUAUGCCAAGUUGGCCUGUGCUCAGGGCAACUACCACUGUGAUAUAGUGUACUGCAAGGAGACCUACUGCAAGACGGAAUAUUACCGCAAGAAGUAUCAGCACCUUUCACCAUCGCCGCCGUAG